GGCAGGAAAGGAGGAGCCAGAGGAGGUGUCUGCUGCAAGUUCCUGGCUGCUUCUGAGCUCACCCCAUCCUCCGAGAGGGAGGAGGCCAAGUGGUGAUGCCGCUGCUCCUGCCGCCUCGACUGCUGAUGCUCUAGUGAGGCUGGAAGGGUGGUUCCUCUUCGUACCAUCGCCAACCAGAGAGUGAGGGAACAAAAUCCCAGCAGCAGUGCUGAUGUUGCGUUCGGAGGCUGCAUCCGACACGGUCACAAGGAAAAUGGAUUCAGUUUGCAUCUUUCCCUCCCUUCAACAGCUUCUCCAGGUCUCAGUAUGAUUUUUAAAAAGACAAAUGUUCUGAAUCUAACUUGGCACAAGCAAGAGAGAGAGACAAAGAGAGAUUGAGAGAGGGAAGAGAGACAGUUCUGUGACAAAGAGAGAUGGAGAGAGAGAUCUUUGUUUUGCUUUCAGGUGCACGCUUCUCCCAAACCCUCAGGCCAAAAUUGGCUUCUAGGGCAGCACCUGAGGAGACCUUACCAAGGAGCACCACGCAGUAGAUGCUGAAAACAUCGCACCCACGAUACAAAGCAGUAACAUGGCAGCACCUGUUUGAAAGGCAUUUACAAACAAGACUCCCUUCAGAAAGGAACAAUGUCUAAGAAAGGGCGAAAUAAGGGCGAGAAGCCCGAAGCGCUCAUCGUCGCCCUUCAAGCUGCCAAUGAAGAUCUCAGGACCAAGCUCACAGAUAUCCAGAUAGAGCUGCAUCAAGAGAAGUCCAAGGUGUCUAAGCUUGAAAGAGAGAAGACUCAAGAAGCAAAGAGGAUCCGUGAGCUGGAGCAGCGCAAGCACACGGUCCUGGUGACGGAACUCAAAGCCAAGCUCCAUGAGGAGAAGAUGAAGGAGCUGCAGGCUGUGAGGGAGAAUCUCAUCAAGCAGCAUGAGCAAGAAAUGUCAAGGACAGUGAAGCUGCGGGAUGGAGAGAUCCAGAGGCUCAAGUCGGCCCUGUGUGCUCUCCGGGACGGCAGCAGUGACAAAGUAAGGACAGCGCUCACCAUUGAGGCCCGGGAGGAGGCCCGGAAGCUGUUUGAUGCCGAGCGCCUUAAGCUCUUACAGGAAAUUGCGGACCUGAAAACUGCCAAGAAGCAGGUGGACGAGGCUCUAAGCAAUAUGAUCCAGGCAGAUAAGAUCAAGGCUGGCGACCUUAGGAGUGAGCACCAGUCCCACCAGGAAGCCAUCUCCAAGAUCAAGUGGGAAUCAGAGCGGGACAUUCGGAGGCUGAUGGAUGAGAUUAAAGCCAAGGACAGGAUCAUCUUUUCCCUGGAAAAGGAACUGGAGACCCAAACUGGCUAUGUACAGAAACUGCAGCUGCAGAAGGAGGCAUUGGAUGAACAGCUCUUUCUGGUCAAGGAGGCUGAGUGUAACAUGAGCAGUCCGAAACGGGAGAUUCCGGGAAGAGCAGGAGACGGCUCUGAGCACUGCGGCAGCCCUGAUUUGAGAAGAAAUCAGAAGAGAAUAGCUGAAUUGAAUGCCACUAUAAGAAAAUUAGAAGACAGGAACACCCUGCUUGGAGAUGAACGAAAUGAACUGUUAAAACGUGUGCGGGAAACCGAGAAACAAUGUAAACCUCUUCUGGAAAGGAACAAGUGCCUCGCCAAGAGGAACGAUGAGCUGAUGGUGUCUUUGCAACGCAUGGAAGAGAAGUUAAAAGCCGUUACUAAGGAAAAUUCAGAAAUGAGAGAAAAAAUAACAUCCCACCCACCCUUAAAGAAAUUAAAAUCUCUGAAUGACCUCGAUCAAGCUAAUGAAGAACAAGAGACGGAGUUUUUAAAACUUCAAGUCAUUGAGCAGCAGAACAUUAUUGAUGAGCUCACAAGGGACCGAGAAAAGCUCAUCCGUAGGAGAAAACAUAGAAGAAGUUCCAAGCCAAUUAAGAGGCCUGUUUUGGAUCCAUUUAUUGGCUAUGAUGAGGACUCCAUGGAUUCAGAGACAUCAUCCAUGGCCUCGUUUAGAACUGACCGAACACCAGCUACUCCUGAUGAUGACUUAGAUGAAAGUUUAGCAGCUGAGGAAUCUGAGCUACGAUUUCGACAAUUAACAAAAGAAUAUCAGGCCCUCCAAAGAGCAUAUGCCCUCCUGCAGGAGCAGACUGGAGGUAUCAUCGAUGCUGAAAGGGAAGCCAAGGCUCAAGAACAGCUGCAAGCAGAGGUGCUAAGAUAUAAAGCCAAAAUUGAAGAUCUGGAAGCGACUCUGGCUCAGAAAGGGCAGGACUCACACUGGGUAGAAGAUAAACAACUUUUCAUUAAGAGAAACCAGGAGCUUUUAGAAAAGAUAGAAAAACAGGAGGCAGAAAAUCACCGGUUACAACAGGAACUACAGGAUGCCCGAGACCAGAAUGAGCUGCUGGAGUUUCGAAACCUAGAGCUAGAAGAAAGAGAGAGACGAUCCCCUCCAUUUAACCUACAAAUUCACCCAUUCUCUGAUGGUGUAAGUGCUCUACAGAUCUACUGUAUGAAAGAAGGUGUCAAGGAUGUGAACAUCCCUGAUCUCAUAAAGCAGCUUGAUAUCCUGGGUGAUAAUGGGAACUUAAGAAAUGAAGAACAAGUGGCCAUAAUUCAGGCCAGCACUGUGCUGUCCCUGGCAGAAAAGUGGAUCCAGCAAAUUGAAGGAGCAGAGGCUGCCCUACACCAGAAAAUGAUGGAAUUGGAAAGUGACAUGGAACAGUUCUGCAAAAUAAAAGGCUAUCUAGAGGAAGAACUAGACUACAGAAAACAAGCUCUCGACCAAGCAUAUAUGAGAAUCCAGGAGCUAGAAGCUACUUUGUACAAUGCUCUGCAGCAAGAAACUGUUAUCAAGUUUGGUGAAUUGUUAAGUGAAAAACAGCAAGAGGAGCUGAGGACAGCAGUAGAAAAGUUACGGCGGCAGAUGCUGAGGAAGAGCAGAGAGUAUGACUGUCAGAUUCUUCAGGAGAGAAUGGAGCUCUUACAGCAAGCCCAUCAGAGAAUUCGUGACUUAGAAGAUAAAACAGACAUCCAGAAACGACAGAUAAAGGACUUAGAAGAAAAGUUUCUGUUUCUAUUCUUGUUCUUCUCUCUUGCCUUUAUUCUAUGGCCUUGAUGUCAAGGUGCCUCUUAAAGAGUAACCGAAAACACGGAUAAGACCCCAGAAAGGCAAAUGCUUCUAGACCUUCAAAGAUGGCAGAAAUGUUUACAACAGUGAGAGGGAGAUCAAAAGCUAAGAACUACCCUGUAGCCAGGACUACAACUGUGUAUUUUAAAGCCAUUAUUCAAGGUUUCUUACUUGACAGUUCCCACAUGACCCUGUUGAAAAUCUACAAUAUAUGCUGCAUUUAAUGAAACAUGUAUAUGUCAAACCAGAAGAAAAGAACUAUAAACGUAUAUUGUGUAAAGAAAAAGUUCAGCAAUGGAAACAGUUUCAGCAGAUCAAGGAAAGAUGUGUCUUGGGCAUGGAACCAAAGUUACAAAGAAACACUCUCCCCCUGCUGUGCAGGGGGAUCAUUUUAAUGUAACACCACACCCCAUGGAAACACUAGUCCUGAAAUAAACAUUUUCAAAAAUCAAAACAAAGGAAAAAACAAGGGCGGGUGGGGAAUGAAGCACGAGGAAUACCUAUGAGGAGCUAUUUACAAUAAAAUGUUUCAUUUGAAAAGUCUGGUUUCUUACUACAGGGAUUUGCUUUUUGUCUUUAUUGUUUAAAACUCAGGAACAGAGCCGUCUGCAAUGUGAAUGGGAAGGAAAGCAGUCUCCCGCUUGUUUCUCUUCCAGAGGUGGAGCUUGUGGAAUGCAUUCCAUAGAGGACAGAUGAGAGCGCACCACAAUGACCCCCACUCAACUGGCGACAAGGCGGAGGACCUAGGCGAAUGUAACAUAAGAAAUAAAAGCAGAUUUGAUGCUGCCUUGGCCUUCUGCCACAUCUAUCUUCCUCCACGAACAGACUGAUCUCAUUCGUAUUGAAAAUUAAGAAGAUGAUGCCCUAAAUCACAAGUUCCCUGACUCGGUUCUGUUAACAAUGCUACCAUCUAUCUCUAGGGCACGCGGGCCCGAGAAUAUCUCUGAAUCCAUUUCCAAAAUACUGGUUUUCAAAUGGCUGCUUAAAAUUGCCUGCAAAUAAAUAUGUUAUACUGUUUGAAUAAAAACACAGUAGAGGUGAAAAGUAAACUUCUACCAACAGCUGAGUUUGCCACAGAGAUGCAAAAGAUCAACAAAAUUAUGAUUUUUUUUUAAGUAUCCUGAUAUGCCUAGAGCAUUCUGACCUCUUGUCGUUUAGACUGAUAACAUUUUUUCCCCCAGAGAGCCGACAGCAACAAGACAGCUCUACUUUUUUUUUUAUAUAGAAAUAACAUAAGUUACCAAUAAGGUCGUUUUCUACCAGAGAAGAGUAGAAGACUGGUACUUUUCCUAAGUUAUGUAAUACUGAGUCUUGGAUUCAUCUCGAGAGCCAGUAAAUGUUCCUGAAAAACAAAUUUAACACCUCAUUUACUGUAGAUAACAAAACAGCCUCAAUUUUUCAAAUUGUCAAGGUUUUAUUUACAGGGCUAGAUUUCCCAUGCAUAAAGAAUGUGUGUAGGGAGCCAGAAACUCUUUCUAAUGAAAUGCUACACAAAUCCUUCCAUACGUGAGUUCCGUAUCUUAUUCUUUGGUUUUUAACGCUGGCAUUUUCCAAGCCAGAACACGAACUGAAGAAUAGGCCAAGAAAGGCUAGAAUGCUGAGGGUCCUGUGUUCUGUCCUCUUUUCUGCUGACCCAGGUGUCUUUGGCCCAGUCACUUAACCUCUCUGUGCCUCAGUCUCCUCAUCUGCAAAAUGAGGUUAAAUGCUUUUUCAUAAAGGUUUUGUUUUGUUUUUUCAAUUCUGGAACAAGAGGUGCUUAAAGUAGCACAAAGUGCUUUGUAAAAUUAUGACUGCUGUAUUAUUUGACUUUCUUGUAUUGUUGAGAAAAAGUCCCCCACAUAAUAAAAUAGUGCUUCAGUUUUAUUAAAUCUAAGCACCGCAGCACUGAAGCUUUCCCAUUGAACUACCUGGGAUAUCGCUAGCAAUAAAGGUUGGGAGAUCCAGAGCUGGGAUCUCUGAUAACCUAUAGUAAACAGAUCAUCUCAUGUUUUUGAGCAAGACCGAAGAACGUCAUUUCCCUGAGAAGUAUCUCGUAGCUCUCCUUAUUGUGUAUGCAUGCCAUGAUAAGGAAGAAACACUUUAGUCACAGGAGAGCCAACUCUGAAAUUAAAGUGUGGAAUCUACUGAUAGUAUCACAUAAUUAGUCUGAUCAUCCCUUUCAUUUUGGAGAGAUGUACAGUAAUGGGUCCUACUGGGAAUAUACAAAAUAAUCAUCCUGCUGGGUUUUUUAUUCAACUGGGUAGUUUCUUUACUUGGUAUGAAGAGCACAUUCGUUGUGCAGGCAAUGUUAAAGAAUGUGGCACUACGCUACAGUCUGUGACCCAACCCUUUCUGAUCUCAGAGUACGUGGAAGAGAAUCAAUUACUCUUCCCUCUUCAACUUUUCUCUUCUGUUCUUUAGUGGACAAUCCAGGGUCUGUCUGUGCAAAUCCAUACUCCAUCUGCUAUGUCAAACCUGCUUUCCUUCUCUUCAUCUUGCUUUUCCCACCAAGAAACUUGUAUGCUAAAUUUUAUAUCCAAGCACUGACUUUGAUUUAAAUGACUAGAAACAUCUGUAAAAACAGUGUGGCUUGAUUGUGUACCUUAUCUGCUAUAAAUCUGAUUGUAUCACACACAUAGAAAAUCACACACAAGCAAUACAGUUAGGAUGACCAUCUAAGCAGCUUUAGAUACAUUUAGGACAAAUGCAAAAGGGAGGGAUUCAUACUUUUUGUUUAGCCUUCAGGAAAUGAGCAAAGUUCUCUAGAUUUUAGGCUAAAAGGGUAUGUUUUUACCAAGUCUUAGUCCUGAUCCUCAAAGUUUACAUACCAUUGGAUUAGGCUAAAUAUUUUGAUAAAUACAUCUCUGUUAUUCACUUCAACAAUUAUAAGAACAUCAACAAAAUUAUAAAGGUAUGUUUGACUCAUGGAUCUACAGAAAUGAAUCCUAUUUAAAUGAAUGUUUCCCUUGCAUAUUAUGUUCAGCAAUAGUAAAGGGUAUCUCAUGAGUAAUGGAGAGGCUGAAUGUGGGCCCACUUCUUACAGAGAGUACAUAAUCCCCACGCUGAUGUUUAAUUUCUGUAUCUGAACUACCCUGACAUACUUGGCCAAUAAGUUAGUAGUGGUCAGGAUGACUUUCUUCAGGGUUCAUUUAGUUAAUUUUUCUUAUCAAAGUAUUCAUCUCUUGGAAAAUAAAUGUAACUAAUGAUAUUAAAGAAUAGUUUGACAAAAAAAGGAAAGCCCCAAUUUGGAUAGUUAUUCGGGACAGGAAAAUUUUCACAAGGAAAGAAAAACAAAAUUGAAAACUAUAUUUGGCUAUCAUACUAGAAAAAGCCUCUAUUAUUAAAUUGACUGUCUAACCAUUUUUCUUUAAUGCCACCAAAAUUUUAUUUUAGGAAACACAUUUGAAUGUGCUUUUAACCUGUGUCAAACCUGCCAGUAGUAAGGUUUUAGGGGUGGAAGAAUAAAUUUUGCUUUGAUUUUUCUUCCACUCACAAAUAACCGUUCACAUAGGUGGCCUGGUUCUUCAGUAGGAUAGAGAUGAUGUAGAGGGUUCAUGGGUCAUCACUGGAGCUGAAAGGGAACAUUUAUUCUUUACUAGUAUGGGAGAAGUAAAGUUUUGCCAAAUAAUUUUUGCUACAGUAUUUAAUUUCAACUAAAUUUUUGUUCAUAAUAAAUCUUUGAUAAACUUGUUCCUUUUGCCUAUUUAUUGUCAACUUUUUCUGUAAACCCAUUGUGUAAUUCACAUGUUUAAUGUCUUCAAUGUAAUUCUUAUCUUCAUUGUUUAAAAAGGAAGUGUUUGAAAAACUGCUUAGGUUUUCAUGGGAACUAUAAAAAUGAUAUCAUUUUUGUGUUGAUGUUUAAAUAAUUGGAUCAUGUGUGUUAUGUUACAUCAAAGUAGAUGGACAGCAUAGACAUUUUUAAAUACUUAAUUGCAUUUUUUUUAUUUUCAAAGAGUGGCACUAUGUAUGUAUGUAUAUAUAUACAUGUAUACAUGGUAUAUGUGUGUGUGUGUGUACAUAUACAUUUAGGGUGUUGAAAAAGUUCAAUAUAACUUCUGGAAGAUCAAUAAUCAAAGCAAAUCUUAGAUGACUUUAUGUCAUGAGUUGAUACUUCCAGGAAGGGCCCAGGCUUCUCCUUAAGUUGAUACUUUUUUAAAGGGAAAAAAGUAGGUCACAAGGUCUUAAAGGACUAAAGUUUUCUUCCCGUUCAACUGCGUUGUCACUUCUUUAUAUUACCUUGAGACUGAAUUUCAGGUGUAUUGGUGAUAAGCUUCAUACAUAAGAGAAAGUUGGAGUUGAUCCUCUAACUCCAUUUCAGUACUGGACAAGGAAGAUUCACAUUCCUUUGCUGCCAUUUAAUUUGGCUCUUCUUAAAUAAACCUUCUGCUGUUUGAAAGUUCAA